AAUGGCGACGGCAACGGCCGGACACAGCGCGGGUCAAGGCGGGACUGUGGCUGAGCUGCUGUCCACCUCACGGUGGGACCUGAAGCGCUACGCCCGGUUCACGGCGUCGGGCGGAGCACCCAGCUCCUGGGAGGUUUUUGAAUCUAGUCUGGAAAAGGGUUUUCUCUCCUUAACGAUUGUGGAGUCAGGGCAUUUCCUAAUCUCUCGAGGUGGAACAACCUUAUUGGAAGGAUUUUCUCUCAUUGAAGCUCACAAAUGGUGGAAAGCAGUACGGAACGCAGAUUGCGUGCUCUUUGGAUCUAAAGUUAAGAAUGAAAGCCGAAUGUUUCGAGUGCAGUUCAACGGAGAUUCACACAAGCAAGCUCUAGAGCACUGCUCCAACUGUGUGCAAAAACUACUCCUGUAUAUACAUGUACAAUAUGCUGCGGGAAAGACUGUGAAUGAAGCUCCGUUGUUGAGCCAGCCAGCUGACAGCAACCAGUCUGGAAGUCUGGAGUUGGAGUCUAUGCUUGGAGAUAAAUCUAAUCUGCCUUUGGCCUAUCAACAAUCAACACUGAACACAGAAGAGCUUGGUCCUUUCUUGAGACUCUGUCUUAUGGAUCAGAGUUUCCCAGCAUUUGUGGAACAAGUGGAGCAGGAACUUAAAAAGCUGAUAGAAGAAUGACUUGGUUGACCUCCCUUCAUUGGUGCUGCAGAAGAUAAUUGCUAUAAAUUCUGUCUGUUUGGGUGUCUUCUUACCCAAUACAUUGAUGUAUUCUCUUUAUUUUAAUAUCUCUUAGAUUAUUGGCUUGCUAGUGCCUUUCAUGAGCAAACAGUUUAAAGGAUCAUUUAUUUUAUUAAUGCAAAUCCAAUGAAUUUGUCAGAUAAUUAAAACAAGAAUUUGUUUAGAAAUGUGUCUUAUGUUGAUAAUGGACUACAUGACAUAUUUCUUUUGAGAAUUAGUUCUGAACUAAGAGGUAGAGAUCCAAGUUAUAGAGGGCAACAGGUCACAAAUUCAGUUUCAAGUUUAGUUUAGAGAUACAGCAUGUAAACAGGCCCUCCGGCCCACCGAUUUCAUGCUGAUCAGCAAACCCAGUACACUGGCUCUAUACUGCACACUAGGGACAAUUUACACUUGUUGCCAAAGCCAAUUAGCCUACAAACCUAAAUGCUUUUGGAAUGUGGGAGGAAACCAAAGAAAAACCACGCCGUCAUUGGGAGAGCAUACAAACUCCGUACAGACAGCAAACGUCGUCAGGAUCGAACUCGGGUCUCUGGUGCUGUGAGGCUGCAACUCUACUGCUGUACUAUCGUGCCAUUACAGUUGUUUGGCUCCAGUCUGUUAGGUUCUUCUUGGUUACUUGGUCCUCCAAAAUAUUCCAAAUGGAAUUUAAACUGGAGGUGGUGAAGGGAGGGCUUAAGCCAGAAAGGGUUCUUGUACUAUCAUUACUUUAGAUCAUUGCUAUGGAUCUUGAUGUUCCAGGAUAAGAUUUAUAAAAAGUAUUUUUUGAUGGUACUCUGUGAGAAGUGGAGAGGGGCAUAUGGCUGGACUAUUAGCCAACAGUUUAGAACAUAGAAGAGUACAGCACAACAAAAGAACCUUCAGCCUGCAACUCUUCAAUUGAUCAAUGAUGCCAAUUUAAACAAAUCCCAUCUACUUGCACAUAAGGUCAUAAGUCAAGCUCAUAAGGAAUAGGAGUAGAAUUAGGCUAUUCGGCCCAUCAGGUCUACACCACCAUUCAAUCAUGGCUGAUUUAUCUUUCCCCCUAACCCUGUUCUCCUGCCUUCUCACCAUAACCACUGACACCGAUAUUAAUCAAGAAUCUAUCAAUCUCUGCCUUAAAAAUAGCCACUGACUUGGUCUCUACAGCCUUCCGUGGCAAAGAAUUCCCCAGAUUCACCACCCUCUGACGAAAGAGGUCACAUGGUCAAUAUUCCAUUGCCUUUUAAAUGUUUGCUAUCAUAUCUGAUUCCACUACCUCCCACUCUUGUUAAACACAAACUCAUCCUGUAAAUUUAGAUGGAAACACAAGGAACUGCAGAUGCCGGAAUCUUGAGCAAAACACCCAAGUCCUGGAGGAACCUAGUGGGUCAGGCAGCACUUGUGGAGGGAAUGGACAGAUGACAUUUUAGGGCAGCACCUUCAACUUGAAAUGUUUACCUUCUCUUCAUACUGUAUGCUGUCUAAUAUACUGAGGAGCGGCAAUCUGUUUAUAGAGCAGACAGAUGGGACAGAAUUCAGUGUAGGCUUCUGGACCACUUGGUCGAGAUGUCGUAGAAAAAGUAAUAAAACGCAUUGACCAAAGACAAUGUACUUUACAAAUUAUUAGUGAUCACAUGAACAUCGGACAGAACAGUACCGGAAUAGUUCCUUCAGUCCACAAUGUGUAUACUCAGCUUGAUGCCAAAUUAAACUAAUCCCUUCUGCCUAGGCCUGGCAGAAUGUAUCCCUCCAUUCUCUGCAUAUCUAUGUGGCAAAUACAUGUGAAAAAUCUUGGAAUUAGGCACCAGGAGGUGGUGUUGUGCACAGCUUGGCCUGAUAUCCAAGCAGCCUCUGCCACAAGGAUGAGUUAUAGAGAUUUUUUUUUUGAUUUAUUAACAGCACAAUGUACUUAUUUCAAUAACUUCUAUAAGCAAGUAAACCAGUUAUGCACAAUGCACAAUAGAAUGAGGAAAUGCAAUGGAAUUGGAAAGCAUAUUUUUUUCCAUCAGCCCAAAAGUACUCAUUAUGCUGUCAAUAAAACAACUUUUGAUGGAUUCAUUGCUAACAGCACUUAUUCAUUCUUUAGCAUUGACUGACUCAGGAAGUCCUCCCAAAACAAGCUUGGCAAACAAUGAUCACAAUCAUACUUUAAUAGCAACAUUUUGCAAAUUUUUUUUUGUUUUGCAACGGAUGAGGAAUUUAAUUUGCCAUACAGUCAUCAUACCGAUAAAAAGCAACAGAACACACAAAAUACAUUUUCACAUAAACAUCCACCACAGUGACUCCUCCACAUUCCCCACUGUGAUGGAAGGCGAAAAAAAAGUUCAAUCUCUUCCCUUCUUUGUUCUUCUGCGGUCGGGGGCCUCGAGCCUUCAGUUGACGGAGCGAUCUUGGCUCCUGUAGCCGGCGGUGUUUGGGCUCUAGCGUCGGGGCGUUCAAGCUCCUGUAUUGGGGGGAAUCUCAGCUCUCCCGCGCCGGGUGAUCUGACCUCGAGUCUGGGCUGGUCGAAACUUUCUACUUCGUUUGGAGCUUCCCGACAUCGGUCUCCGCCUGAGACUGCGAUCCCCUUGAUGAUGAAAUCUGCAGGCCGCGGUCGAAGCGUCGAUCCCAGGCAAGCAUCGGCUCCGAUUGUAAGUCCACGUCCCCGAGGCGCUGUAAGGCAGCAUCACUACCACUUAUGAAUCUAUGAAUACACCACAGAAUCAGAAACGUUGGCACACCAUGUCUGCACAAACCAUGAUAUCAAUCCCAACUGCCUGGGCAUGGUGCCUCAUCCUCUAUUCACUGCCUUUUCAUUUGUCUUUCUAAAUCCUUCUUGAGCCCCUACCACCCUCCGAGAAACCAACCACACUUACCUUACACAUCUCUUUUUAAAGUUUCCUCUCACCUUAAACCCCAUGCCCUGCAGUAUAUCUCCACUCUUAUCAAUUGAAGCAAAACAGUGGAGGUAAAAACAAGUGAGCAAAGAAUGAGAAUAGAAAUCAAUAAACCAUCAGGUCCUGAUGACCUGCGUCCUAAUGUUUUGUAAGAGUACCUGAAGUUAAUCGUCUUCCAUUAUUCCAGAGUUGAUCCAUGACCUAUGAAUCUGACUACCUGUCCACUGCCUAAUGGGAGCUUGUGGUGUAGCUGACUGAGGAGGGGUAUUACAGCAAUGUG